CAUAGUUGCAUGGCUAACACGCAUGCAUUCAAGCAGAUGGCUGCCGUAGUCGAGUCAGUUUUGGUAGGGUUGUGUGAUGAGGCCAUUGGGAAAAACGUAUCCUCUUUCUGUACCAACAAAAUCGGAGGCCUGCCGGAUCGCCUCCCUUCAGUGUCAUUGCGUUACCCAAGCUGCGCUCUCUGCAGUACAGAUCUUACCCAUGUUGUGCAAGUGUACUGCCCUCUAGCGGCGUCUCCGUAUCAUCGCACCAUAAAUGUGUUCGCCUGUCCAAACCCACUGUGCUACGGGAAAUCUGAAAGCUGGACUGUACUACGCUCACAGUGCCUGGAGAGCCCUGUGUGUGAGGACCAGAGGACUAAAUGUGCUGUGGUCAAAGAGGCUCCCAUGGCAACCAGAGACUGGUGUGAAGAAGCAGAUGACUGGGGCGAGGCAGAGGAGGGGUCUGAUAGUUCGGCUCCUGCCUGCAGCAAUGAAGGGCCUGGCACGAGCUCCACGCCUGAUCUGGACUUCAGCACGAGGAUGGAAGGGCUCAGGCUGGUGGAGGAAGGGGACUGCAGUCUCAAGGGGUGUGUCCUUGAUCCAGGACGGGUGCCCACAUUCUGCUCCCACUACGUCAGUGUGAUGGAGGAGGCAGAUCUGUGGGCCCAAGCAGAUUUGGAGCAUGAACAAAAACUGCUUCAGGAGUAUGAGCAGAGAGAGGGCGUGGCUGUGGGGGAGAUGGACAGCUGUGAAGGUAGAGAGAGCAUGGAGAAAUAUGAGAAGACUGAAGCUCGCCAUGGUGACCAGGUCUUCUCCAGGUUCAUGAAGAAGAUCUCCUUGUGUCCACAACAGAUCUUAAGGUACUGCUGGAGUGGGUCACCCUUACUCAUCACAGAUGCUCCCUCCAAUGUGGUAGCACCCUGUGGUCGCUGUGGCGGUCCCAGAACAUUUGAGUUUCAGCUCAUGCCAGCUCUGGUCAGCUUGCUCAGGAGCACGGACUCCAGUUUGGAGGUGGCGGUGGAAUUUGGGACCGUUCUCAUCUAUACCUGUAGGAGAAGCUGCUGGGAGAUUGGCUUGGACACACCUUUAGAGGAGUUUGUGUUUGUUCAGACAGACCCAGACCAAAAGUUUUUCAAGUGACAGUAUUACAAUGGUGUAAAUAAAAUUGUCUUCUCUUUGAAUACUCUGGA